GAGAGAGUGGAGAGAAGAGAGAGAGAGAGUGAGAGCUGAAGCCUGAGCUCAAGAAUGGUGGCGGUGCAGUCUCUUCUUCCCCGGCUCCUCCACCUCCCCAUCUUCCUCCCCAAGCCCACCAUCCCUCUCUUCUUCCUCAACCCAUCAAGCGCUAAGCCCCCCUUCAACCCUUCUUCGUCGCGGCCCUUCGCCGCCCUCCUCCGGUCCGCCCUCGUGGCCCCGCCUCCGUCUCUCGAAGACGCCGGCGACGACCUCCCCCUCGCCGCCGCCGCCCCUCAGAUACCCGCCGACCGCCUCUUCGUCCCCCCGGAGACCGACGUACCCUCCGCCGGCGGCGACCUGAGCGCAAGGGUCUUGAAGGGGUCGAACAUCGUGCUGAGCAAGUACGCGAGGGACGCGCAGGUGGUGCAGGCCGAGUUCGUCAAGAGCAGCGUGACGACGGAGGACUGCCCGUCCGACGGGCUGCCCGAGUUCGCGCUCGUCGGGCGGUCCAACGUCGGGAAGUCGGCGCUGCUCAACUCGCUCGUCCGGAGGAAGCGGCUGGCGCUCAUUUCGAAGAAGCCCGGGAAGACACAAUGCAUUAACCAUUUCCGGAUCAAUGAUAGCUGGUAUUUGGUGGAUUUGCCUGGAUAUGGGUAUGCUGCUGCACCUCAAGAACUGAGAACAGAUUGGAACAAAUUUACCAAAAACUAUUUCCUAAAUCGCUCCACACUAGUUGGAGUUUUCCUUCUCAUAGAUGCCAGCAUUCCUGCAAAGAAAAUUGACCUCGAAUAUGCAAGCUGGUUGGGUCAAAAUCAGGUACCUAUGACAUUAGUCUUCACCAAAUGCGAUAAGAGGAAGAAGAAAAAGAAUGGAGGGAAGAGACCUGAAGAAAAUGUUCAGGAUUUCCAGGAGUUGAUACGAGGUUUCUUUGACACAGCUCCUCCGUGGAUUAUGACCAGCAGCGUUACAAACCUGGGUCGAGAUGAGGUAUUGCUGCACAUGGCACAGCUGCGGAACUAUUGGCUAAAGCACUAGUCAAGUAAACGUAGCGCUUUUUCCGCCCAUCUCCACCGUGUCCAUUAUUUACCGAUUAAACCAAUGAUACCCAAGUUAGGAAGUCUCUGCAUUGCAGCCUGGUGGAGAGGGGAAUCCAGAUCCUGAGGUUUAAACGCUGAAAGUUCACUUUGUGUAGAGUAGAGAAGCCUUGUUGGACGCGGAUCUCUUUUAACAUUUAUAAGAAUCUGUAAAAUGGUCUGAUUGUAUAACUCUUGUAUAUAGUUCAAAACUAUUGUUUCUGUGUAAACUGCAACAUAAGGAAGCAAAGCCAAAGGAGUGAUGAUCAUGUCAGUGUA